GUUUGUUUUAUUACUAUGCUGAAGUGGGUACCGGACACAAAUUAUUUUUUUGAAAGGAAACGUAAGCUGGGCUCGGACCCGCGCGCUGCAACGUGCCGCGGGAAGUUGCAGUCCAGAAGAUGCAAGCUCAACCAAGAAAUCAACAAAGAACUGCGCCUGCGGGCAGGAGCAGAAAAUUUAUACAAGGCCACAACAAAUCGAAAAUUACGAGACACAGUUGCACUGGAGUUAAGUUUCGUUAACUCCAACUUGCAGUUGUUAAAGGAGCAAUUAGCUGAAUUAAAUUCUUCCGUAGAAAUAUACCAAAAUGAUAGUCAACAAGUCGCAGUGCCCAUGAUACCUUUGGGUCUUAAAGAAACAAAAGAGGUCGAUUUUCGUGAACCUUUUACGGAUUUUAUAUUAGAACAUUAUAGUGAAGAUGCUUCUAUCUACCAAGAUGCCAUAGCUGAUCUUAUGGAUACAAGACAGGCGAUCAGGACACCAGCACGAGACUCAUCAGGAGCCGCGUUGCUCUUUAGGUAUUACAAUAUGCUAUAUUUUGUUGAGAGAAGAUUUUUUCCACCUGAUCGAAGCUUAGGCGUUUAUUUUGAGUGGUACGACUCAUUAACAGGUGUACCGUCCUGCCAAAGAACAGUUGCAUUUGAGAAAGCUUGCGUUUUAUUCAACUUAGGUGCUGUAUACACGCAAAUUGGUGCUAAACAAGAGCGCAAUAGCAGUAGAGGAUUAGAUUCCGCAGUAGAUAGCUUCCUAAGAGCAGCUGGUGUUUUCCGUUAUAUUUUGGAUACUUUCACGAAUGCUCCUUCCAUGGAUUUAAGGCCACAAGUGCUCGAUACUUUAGUCCAAAUGAUGCUGGCGCAAGCUCGUGAAUGCUUGUACGAGAAAUUAUCAUUGCAAUCCCGAUCACUUCUCAAUGGUGAAGAGACUGAUAAAGAAGAUGAAGAUGCCUUAUCCCUUCGAGGAGACCUCGAAAGGGAUUUGGCUGGUGAAGCUGGGCAAGUAGCGCGCGAUUAUGGUGAUCUACACGCUGCAGUUGCUGCUGAUGCAGUAGCAGAAUUCGUUCCUGCUUCUUGGACGGCGCUUAUUGGUGUAAAACGGGAGUAUUAUACGGCUUUAUCCCAUCAGCAUUCUGCGGCCUCGAUUCUAGGCCCAGAGUCUUCUUGUACUUCAAGUGUGCCUGAAGAUCGCGUUGCACUUGGAAUAGCACAUUUGAGGGAAGCUAUUGCCUGUCAUGAAGAGGCUCAGAGGUUACAACGUAUGAGCAGGGAACUUAAAGGAAAAUCUGCAUUGACGAGAGUUUUGAGGAUGGCACAUAGUGAAGCAGCAUCUACUGCAGCUGCUGUAAAAGAAGAAACAGGAACUAUGGCUGAACUGGCUGAAAUGUUGGACGCUCCACCUUUGGAAGCCUCCAGCAAGUUUCAAUUAACGGUUACAGAGCCAGAUUUGGCUGCUCACAGGGUUGAAGACCCUUUCCGAGCGUUGGGGCCAAUUGCUAUAUUUUCAGCAAGAAGACAUUGGACCGCUCCUAGAGUGGUUCGUUUACAAAGACACAAAGAACCGAAAAACGAUGGUUAUGGAUUUGCUGUAAGAGGUGAUGCGCCUGUAAUUGUAUCCCAUGUGGACGCCCAUUCCUUAGCAGAUCUUGGUGGUGUGAAAGAAGGUGAUUAUGUAGUCGGUAUUGGAAAUAAAGAUGUGAAGUGGUCUCCCCAUCAAGAAGUAGUGCAAUUAAUACAAAAUGCUAACACAUCACUUACCUUAAGAUUAGUUACUCCAAUGGACAAAAAUUAUCUGAAGCCAUCAUCUUGUUCACCAAUGUCCAAUGGAAAUGGUUACAUGAAUGGCAAUGGUAAUAAAGGAUCAGUCUCGACGUAUUCUAGUAGUUCUGGAGUCUCCAGUGGAGGUCCUAGUCCACCAGGAACUCUGGCACAAGCUCAGACCAGACAAAGAAAAUUACCCUGGAAUCCUUUUCGCAGACAAAGUUCAACAUCAGCUAAUUCUACUCAUACAUUGAAAAAUAUAUAAAUUAGAGUUAGAUUAUAGUUGUUCUUACAGUAUUCAUAAUAUUGGAAAGUAAAUUCAAAUUGGAGAAUUUGUU